AUGGUGGACACAUUUAAAGAAUAUAUGGAAAACGACCACGAAACGGAACCAAGAGAUUUAGAGAAAAUACGAUCGCAAGUGAUCGGAUUAGGAAAGUUCAAGAAUAUAAUGAAAAUUACGUUAAUAAAAAGCGAAAGCGAGCCCAGCACAGAGGAAUACGUUGGUCAGAACAUAGCCCUAACGGGAAGUACAGGUAACAACUAUUCAACAGUAAAAGUAUUGGUUCAACAGUGGGAAGAUGGAGUAAAUUAUUUCAACAAAUCAUCUGUUUCUCAUCUGCCUAAGAAGAUUGACGAACUGGUACACAAGAUGCAAUGGGAUGAUGCGAUCGCACAAAAAAUGACCAACUGCGCAAUUAUGAAAAAUAUCACUAAAGUGGGUGAUUACACUCAAAUGGUAUAUGGUAAUACGCGGAAAAUCGGUUGUGGACAAAUAUUCUACAAACAGCCAAACGAUAGCUAUGGAGAAAUACUAUUUGGUUUGCAAUUAUGGCCCAGGUGGAAAUAUUCUGGUGCACCAGUAUAUAUGAUUAAGGAAUAA